CUUCCACUGAGCCAUGGCCUCUGCAACCCAUUUCCUUGUUACAAUCUUUCUCUUUACCCUCCUAGCUUGCUCUGCCAAUGCGCAGCUCUCCACCAAUUUCUAUGUAACUUCUUGCCCCAACCUCCAAACAAUUGUGAGGAAUGCAAUGAAGGAAGCUGUCAAUAAGGAGUCACGGAUGGGUGCCUCCAUCCUUCGGCUUUUCUUCCAUGAUUGCUUUGUCAAUGGUUGUGAUGCAUCGAUCUUACUGGAUGACACAGCUACAUUCACUGGAGAAAAGAAUGCAGGACCAAACAAGAAUUCAGCACGUGGGUUUGAAGUGAUUGACACCAUUAAAUCCCGUGUAGAAGCUGCGUGCAAUGGGACAGUAUCCUGCGCAGACAUCUUAGCUCUUGCAGCACGAGAUGGAGUUGUGUUGCUUGGUGGACCAUCAUGGACAGUGCAACUUGGAAGAAGAGAUGCAAGAACAGCAAGCCAAAGUGCAGCCGACAGCCAAAUCCCUUCUCCGUUCUCUAGUCUCUCAACCCUCAUCUCCAUGUUCUCUGCAAAGGGUCUCAGUACCCGUGACAUGACAGCCCUCUCAGGUGGCCAUACCAUAGGCUUCGCUCGUUGUUCCACCUUUCGGAACAGAAUAUACAACGACACCAACAUCAACUCCAACUUUGCAGCCACAAGAAGGUCCAAUUGCCCUGCUACCAGUGGUGAUGACAACUUGGCCACUCUCGAUCAGACCUCAACCCGGUUCGACAACAACUACUAUCAGAACAUUGUAUUAAGGCGUGGCCUCCUUCACUCAGAUCAGGAACUUUUCAAUAAUGGGUCUCAAGAUCGGCUGGUCCGGACCUACAGCAUCAAUAAUGCUGCUUUCUCCAGUGAUUUUACUGCUGCAAUGGUUAGGAUGGGCAACAUUAGCCCCCUCACCGGAAUUAAUGGAGAGAUAAGAAUCAACUGUAGGAGGGUAAACUAGGUUUUUAAUCGUUCUUAGAAUUUAGCAUAAAAUCAAUAAUGUAU